CCCAGCCUGCCCCCACCAUUAGAGCGGCCUUCUGGGCUUCGGAGUACCCAGCCAUUACCUUUCUGCUAAGAAACUCCCUGACUAGGGAGGCGGCCACCUCCUCCACGUACAAGCUGUCCAUGCUGCUGGCGCUGCCCCCCGAGGCCACGCGGCUGCCUGCAGCCCCAGGCCGCGUAAUCCGUUGGGCCCAGUAAAGCAGCGUUGCCGUGGCGACGGUGGCCUCCGCGCCAGGAAGAACUCCUCCCCUUCCUGGGGAACCAGCGUUCUAAGAGAGCAGGAGAAAGAAGGGAGGAGCAUCCUUCAAGCUGCUCAAGAAGCUGUGCAGCAAUUGAGGGCGGAGCAUAGCCUGUGAGCUCUGGGAGCGGGACUGACUCUGGCCUCCUGUGGUGGUUGUCACUGUUCCAGUCAAAGGUUUUAUUACUCCACAGAUACAUUUCUCCAUGCCUCCCCUGUGGUUCUUAAAGGUCUGAACCGGCGGGAAAGUAUCGCCAACGAUCCACCCUCAGGACUACAGUUGCCUCCCAGGUGCACUGAUACAGACCUUAGUGGCCUGUCGUCUGUACAGCAAGGAGACCAAGACUCCAAUUCCUAGCAUCUGGAAACUGGAAGGGAUGAGAGAGCCCUUCUCCUGCUUUUCAGGGCCCUUUCAUGUCUUCAAGACCAUAUCCUGUAUGAGACGCUUACACAUUACCAAGUUCAGAUUGAUUUUGCAACCAAAUGGAUGGUAUCUUCGCAGUAGCACCUUACCAUCUAGUCCUGAGUAACCCUGGCUGUCCUGGAUAUCACUCUGUAGACUAGACUGGCCUGGAUUUCACAGAGAUCUGCCUGCUUCUGCCUCCUGAACACUGGGAUUAAAGGCUGUGCACCACCACUGCCCCGCAAUGCAAAUGGACAAAUUUAAAGCUGUCUGUGAAGAUAGAUAAUGGGGCCACCUGAAAAUUCUAGUGAACUGGAAACAUCUCAGCAUUGCACCAUGUGAUAAAAUACAACCGGCCCCUGUGCUCCUGGGGCCGGUGUUCGCUGUCUUCCUGCUCGGGACUGUGGAGAGAGGAUUCCAUCCAGGACAGGGGACCUGUGGAAAAGGCCUGCUUAGCUAGCAAGCCCCACUUCAUGCCAAAUCCCCAAAUUAUAAUUCAAUAUCUCCUAACACCACCAACACUGAAGAGUUUUCCCAGCCCUGGACAGAAGGAAGUCAGCCCAAAGAGAAAGGAAAAAUUAAUCUUUCUCAUAUUUUACCACAGGGAAGUUAAGCAGAUACUUAGCCUAAAAAUUUCAAAGUCAAAAAUAAAAUAACAUGGCAACUCUUUGACGAAAUUGUUUAUACUGAAAGUUUUCAAGCCUUGACUCAAUCACCACAUACGUAAAAACCCAGUCAAAAGCCAGACCCUAAUCACAGGUUCCAUCAAUCACAGCAGCUGCUUGAAUUUCAACUGUUGAAUGCCAGGGAGCACAGCUAACAUAUUCAGGGGGCCAUCCCAGACACAUGCGGGCAGAGGGCGGAAGGGAUCUUUGCACAAGUGCACAGGUGCAAGUGUCAGGGGCAGAUAUGAGAAACCCUAGACAAAUGUCACACCUUCCGUGUCUUCAUUCACAUCAACCCACUAGGAUUUAGCUUCCUCCGAUCCUUGCUUCAAUCCUUCUUAGAUAAAUUGAGUAGGUAGCUAAUUGCACUUCUUGCACCCAGAGGAACUGCUGUGCAGUACCACUCUUACAGAGCAGAAACACCAGAGUCCAGGCUCUGUGAAUUCCAGGAAAGGGGAAUCUUGUGCAUCCCACAAUGAACAGGACAAGAACGACGACAACAAAAGGGCAUCUACCUGGAAGAUUGCUGUGAAGAUGACAGCAGACCCCUGUCACAUAGUAGACGGUUGGUGUUAUGAACUUUGCCCAAGCUGUGACACCUGCACCCCAUGCUUGCCCUUGGGCAACCAGCUCUGAAGUUUGCUGUCCAGAUGCCCUUAGGUGACUUUUGGAUGGGCAAGCUUUUCUUUCUCCAUCUUGUGAUCGUUGCGGAGUCCCUGCCACGGUGCAAAAGUACAUGCAUCCUCUGUCAAUGCUCCCCUUCCCUUUGGUGUAGCAGCUGUGCCAACCUAACACAUACCAACCCCCUGGGAAGUCGGAACCUCAAGUGAGGAAUGGCCUCCACCAGACUGCUCUGUGGGGUAUUUUAUUGAUUAAUGAUUGAUAGGAGAGCCCAGGGCACUGUGGGUAGUGCCACCUCUUGGCCAGAAGAACUGGGUUGUAUAAGAAAGCAGGUUGAGCAAGCCAGUAAGCAGUGUUCCUUCAAGGUCUGCCCCUGCUCCUGCUUCAGUUCACGUCCUGACUUCCAUCAACGAUGGACUGACUGAUCAACAACAACAAAAAAAUUCAAAUAAAUCCUUUCCUUCCCAAGUUGAUUUUGGUCAUGGUGUUUACCAUAGCAACAGAAUAAAAACAAACUGGAGCAUCAUCUUUCAAGGCAACUAGACCAGACCACACCAGAUACAAGCAACCUAACAAUCCUGGGGCCGGAGGGGGGGGGGGCAACGUGCACAUGGGACCACCUGUGUGCAGGGGUAUGUGGAAGUCUGUGCAGAGUGACGGCACCUUCUCACGUAUGUUGACACUUUUUCAAUUGUUUGUCCAAAUACAGGGAGUACCAACCAGCACAGGCCUGAUGAUUUAGGGAAGUGCUGUCAAAGUUUACUCUUGAGCUAAUAAAAAAGAAAACAUUAAGCUGAGUGAGAAAACAAGAUUAAACCCCCCAGGGAAUCAUUAACUCAGUUACAGGCAAACUGUUUGCAAAGGCAAAUUCACUGAAUAGCGGAGAAAUUUCGAGAAUCUCAGAUCCUACUUCCCCAUCCCAGGAAGCACUCCUCUUUGGUUCUUGUUUUAUUUGCUAUAGCACAGAUGAAGCCCAGGAUGUUGAAUGUUUUGGCCAGGGACCUGGCCCUGAGUCCCCACCCUCUGCUCUCAACCCCAAGAGCAAAGCAUCGCUGAGCAGACCCUGGUCUCUCUGCUCUUCCUCUCUGUCCCUCUGUAAUUCUCUCCCUCUCCCAAGCAGCACCCCCCCGGGGAACAAACACACCACCCUGGAGAACUAGCGAUGAGCGCUUCCCCAAGACAGGCCUGGGGACACUCCUCUGUCACAAAAAUGAUACCCAGCCAGGAAUCUGACAGCAGCACCCUGAUAUCACUGCAGGGACUCUAGCUCCUCCCCAAGAAGGGAGAUCUGCUCAAGGAGAUUAUAUAAUAGGUGUGACAGGAAAGGGUGGGUACUCUGCAGGGGCAAGGGGAGUACAGACAGCUGUACCAGGCUGACCAGAAUGGAGGGCAAGGUGUACCAGGGUGGUGAGGACUACGAGAAGGAGUUCAGUCCCCGAGACUACCUGGACACCUUCUACAACUUUGACUCAGGCCCGGUGGCAGAACGGGAAAUCAUCAAGUUUAGCCUGCAGAACCUUCACCAGACCUUCUCUAUGGGAGGUAUAAGGGGUGAUGUCCUGAUCGACAUUGGCACUGGCCCCACCAUCUACCAGCUGCUUUCAGCAUGUGAGGUCUUCCGGGAGAUCAUCGUCGCUGAUUACACUCCGCAGAACCUGCAGGAGUUGCAGAAAUGGCUGAAGAAGGAGCCGGGGGCCUAUGACUGGUCCUCUAUAGUGCAGCAUGUGUGCAAGCUGGAGGGAGACAGAAGCAGGUGGCAGGAGAAGGAGGCCAAGCUCCGAAGGACAGUCACUCGUGUACUCAAGUGUGAUGUGACCAAGACACCCCCACUGGGGUCAGCUCAAGUGCCGCUGGCUGACUGCGUGCUGACCUUUCUGGCCAUGGAGUGUGCCUGUCUUGAUGUGGAAACCUACCGGGCAGCCCUGCACAGACUGGCUGACCUGCUGAAGCCAGGGGGCCACCUGAUUACCAUGGUUACUCUGUGUUUCCAGCACUAUAUGGUGGGUCCCAAGAAGUUCUCUGGGGUCUACCUGGAGAAGGAGACGGUAGAGAAGGCUCUCCAAGAUGCGGGUUGUCAGGUGCUGAAAUGCAACUAUGCCCCCCUCAAAUACUCCCAGGCCUUCUGCGAGGGUCUCUGUUUUAUAGUUGCCCGCAAAAGCGUCAGUGCCUGAGGACACUGGCAGAGAAGAGCCUUCCCUGGGGAAGUCAUAGCCAGCAUUUAUAGUCUUGCUCCACGGCUUCCUAACACUGGUCAUGCUGCUUCUAUGUAUUACCUGUUCAUAAGGUCACAAGGAAAAACCCAAGGCUCUCUCUCUAGUUUCAGUCCUAACAUCCAUCCCCCUUGUUUCUUUUCCUACCCCAAAUAAAUCUCAUUGAAAUAAA